ACCUAUUGAGUGUUUUAGGGGAACAAUCGAGGGUGUCAGCGAUGAUGGCCCCUCAGAUCAGGCCGCCAGAGAUCCUCCCUGGUAUUCACUGUGAUCGAACCUUUGAAUCAUACUAAUAAAAACUCACCUCAAGGUUUUUUAUCGAUGUGAAUUUCGCCAUGUACGCUUGAGGAUUCAAUACCUAGAUUAAAAAAAGAUGAGAGACAUUUUAGAAGUAGCGGCUCUUUGUCUGGGCUUUCUGAGUUGGGCGACGGUUGGCAUAUCCUUGCAGGACCAAUAUUGGAAAGAGUCGACCACAGAUGGUAGUGUCAUCACUACCUCCACGAUUUAUGGAAAUCUAUGGAUGUCAUGCGCUAGCGAUUCAACUGGAAUCUAUAAUUGCCAUGAUUUCCAGUCGCUGCUGGCACUUCCUGGUUAUAUUCAGGCAUGUCGUGCAUUUAUGAUUGCGGCCAUAGUGUUGGGGACUUUUGGGAUAACCUCAACCCUGUUUGGUAUGCAAUGCUCAAAGGUGGGAGGAGAUAAUUACACCUUUAAAGGCAGGAUCGUGACUCUUGGUGGACUAUGCUUCCUAUUGCAGGGCCUAUCCACAAUUGUUGGAGUUUCUUGGUAUGCCUUUAAUAUCACUCAAGAGUUUUUUGACCCACUCUAUCCAGGAAUUAAGUAUGAAAUCGGAAAUGGCCUAUACAUUGGCUGGAGUUCAGCCCUGCUUGCUCUAUGUGGCGGAUUCCUUUUGCUAUGGGCCUGCAACCUGGGAACGUCAGAAAACAUAAUAACGCUUCCAUCCCAGCCCCUCACAAGAUCUCACAAGAUCGGCAGAUCUCAAUCACAAAGCACAUGCAGUCAGUAUGAAAUGAAUGCAUACGUGUGAGGGAGGAGGAAGAGCUCAUCAAGAUGAAAAUUUGGCUAACCAAUACUCAGUUGUUUACCUACACAAGUCCAAAAGCCUCGUGUCCCAGAAAGGCUAGCGUAUGAAGCCUGCAAUGGAAACUAUCUAAUUCUUCUGAGAAGUUAUUCUUGGUUAAGUGCAAGCCCAGAUAUGUGCACAGAUGGUACAAACCACUUAGUAACUCAAUGUCUCUAUCAGUUAAGAAUAUUAAUGCAUCGGAAAUGGCAGCUCAGGUCGACUGAUGUAUGAUCUUGUAUUUUAUCAUUUUUCAUGGUAGCUUUACAUUUUUCGUCAGCUAAUUUUUAAAUCUUCAAAAGCUAAUUUUGGCUUCAUAUAUAUAUAUGUAUAUAUAUAUGUGGCCUAUAAUGAGAAUGCAGGGACGAUUUAGUUGUGUGUUUUCAAAUUCAGAGAACAAAUAUCUGACACAAAAACUGUUAAAUAUGUCAACAUCUAGGUAUAUACAUGCCCUAGUGCCAGGGAAAAGUCUGAGACGUUACAUUGAUGUUAUCUACAGUGCAAUACUCUAAGGAACAUACAGGACUGUCAACAGUGGUGCUGCUUGCUAACUUCUCAUUCAUACAAGAAAUAUUAUGAAAUUAAUUAUAUGAAAUUUUUAGUCAUCUUGAAGAAAAGCAGAGGUAGAGUCAAUCUACACUCAACAUCUCUAGAUUUCCAUUGGAACAGCAUAGCUAUUUUUUUGUAAAAUGUAUGUAAUGGUCUGUUUUAUCAUAAACUUUGUCUUCUAA